ACUAGUGAGGAGGAAGCGUUCGUCCAAACCGGAAGUGGGAGAAAAACAAAAGCAAAUAGGCGAUCAAAUUCUUGUUUCUUCGUUGAUUUACACUCGAAAAUUGCACGUGCCGAUUUCGCUGACGACUUUUUGACGUUUCAAGGCAGAGUUGUCUGGCUUUUGGGGAUGAACUUAGUGGCAGCAGCCCCCGCAGUGGAGUGGCGUCGGCGGGCUGACGUACACCCGAGAGGCGUGGGGUUCUUUAGAGCUGUCACAAGAGCUAAGGCUAACGAGCUAGAUGACUUAGCACGAUAGGCUAACAAAACAAAUACACUCCACUCCAGGGAAGUUGAAUUUGGCUUGUCCGGACUCUUAAAAAACCCUUAACUUAACUUUGAAUAGACACCGCGAGAACCACCGGGGGCGGACGAGAUUUGAAAGUGGGCAGUUUAGCUUAGCACUUAGCAACGCGCAGAAGAAAACUACUCCAUCGGCGUCCUCGCAAAACGCACAAGUGGACAGACUCAGCACUUUAGACGUCUGUUAGAUUAAUAUUUAAGUGCGUAGAGGCACUAUUCUAUUUAGUUUUUUUAGGGGAGGCGGGGGGCUUGUUGUUUAUUAUCGAGCCUCUUGCUUUGUUUUGCUUUUUAAGUUUCUACAUUUGGAGGUUUGGUUGUUAGCAUGGAGGCUGCGGAUCCCGGCAGUGGCGCCUCGGAGCGGUUACGUAACAGCCGCAAGUCCGCCGAUAAGCUGCUGCUCUGACAGCCGCAAACACGGACACGCGUACACACAAAUACACACACUUGAGCAAACAAAUACGAGAGGGGCGGUGGGAAAGAAGAGGACCAACACAAAACAACAUGGAGGAUCUGUGAGACGGCUGGUGCACGCGUAACAACGAUAAGAACAAUUUGAGCAAGAUGGAUUCAAACCCGCUCAUCAACGCCAUGGACCCGUCUAUCACACUCUGGCAGUUCCUGCUCCAUCUGCUGGACGACCAGCGCCAGCGUCAUUUGAUUUCAUGGACCGGCGAGGACGGAGAGUUCAAGCUGCUAGAUGCCGAAGAAGUGGCUCGCCUGUGGGGCCUGCGCAAGAACAAACACAACAUGAACUACGACAAACUCAGCCGUGCGCUCAGAUACUACUAUGACAAGAAUAUCAUCAAGAAGGUGAGCGGACAGAAGUUUGUGUACAGGUUUGUGAGCCAGCCUGAUCCGUCCUUGCCGGACGGGACACACAAUCCCGAAGACAGCCAAAGACAGGACAACCCGGACGCCAAUAGCCAAACAAAAAGCUGCCCGUCCAAGAAUGUAGUACAGAAGUCAUCGCCCGGCAACUCGCAAAAGAGUUCUCGAAACGACUACAUGAAGUCGGGCCUGUACUCCACCUUCACCAUCCAAUCGCUGCAGGCCACGCCCAACCCUCGACCCGUCAAAGCUGAAGUGCUACUAGACCCUGUCCCCAAGCUGGACCGUGUGCCCAAAGAGGUUUCCCCUCCGUCAGUGCUUGCCGAUACAUCUCGUCAGGUGAUUGUCACGCAUCCUUCACCGUGUCCUACGCCUGUCGUCAGCCCCCAGACAGCUGCCAACACCCCCGGUCAUUCACAGAAUCCUCCAGGACUGCCUUUGAUCGACCAUCCCCAUAUUUACCUCACCAGUGUCAAGGACCCGUCCUCCCUAACGCCACUCCUUCCAUUGGCUCCUGUCGGGGGCUCGGUUAGUUCUGUCCAGCCGCCCCACGCGAUUGUGAGCCCCCAGACGCCACCGCAGGAUGACGGCGACGGAUUGGCCAAUGUUGUUGGCUUGCCACCCCACCCGACUCCCUCUCAGCCCGUCUUGGUCAUCAUCAACCCUCCUCCAUCGCAGCAACAGCGCGCCACCAUGACGUCCACACCUCCUUCCGUUGGGCCACCCAUAACGCGCCCGCCCCCACCACCCAUUGUCAUCAAGGAGGAGACCCUGCCGUCAGAGGAGGAGCUUCUGGAGAUGGUUGAGCUGGAGGAUAAACGGGUGGAAGAGGUUCCUCACAUUUGCAGCACGGGAGACCCUCAGACAAACCUCACCAUUGUUGAAGCUUUCCCCGUUCCCAGCACCCAGCCUCGGGAGGGGAGACCAGAGGGAGAAGGAAAAGACACACAAUCAGGGUCUGCGCCUGCAGUGACAUCAUCGAUCUCCAGUCCAGACGUCAUUCCUCCCAAACCGAAGAAGCCCAGAGGCUUGGAGCUACCCUCCCUCCCCCCAGGCCUCUCUCUGGAUAAGGUCAAUGCCGCCGUCAAUAGUUUGCUUGCACCCGGCUCAGCAACCAACACGCUGACGCCCACUGUCAUCACCUCGCACGCUCUGACUCCGGUCCUGUUGACUCCCAGUCCCCUCCCAUCCACCAUCCACUUUUGGAGUACGCUCAGUCCCAUCGCGCCUCGCUCGCCCGCCAAACUCUCCUUCCAGUUCCCGACAAACGGCAGUAACCAAAUCCACAUCCCGGCGCUGAGUGUGGACGGUCUCUCCACCCCUGUGGUUCUGUCACCCGGUCCCCAGAAGCCCUGAACGUUGCAUUUGCGCAUCAGAAGGCUGCUGUGUUAUUUGCGCCACUUGCCAAGAUGGCGGCAUCACCGUCGCCGUACCUUCUCCAGUUGGAGUGACCUACAGGAAGACGCAUCAGAUUUGUCCUGUUUCCAAAGAAGAGGAAAAGAUUUUUUGCCCCCAAAGAGCUAAAGCUCUGCCUUCUCAUUAAUAUUUAUGAGGAUGAGGCUUCCUUUUUUUCCUAUUUAUUCCCUGCUGGCCGACAUUGUCUUUUACCAACAAUGGAUGCUCAUGUCUUCAGUCUGAUUAUCAUUCUUUUUGGGGUGAGUUUUUGUUUCAGGCUAUGCCUUACUGGACAGCAUGAUAAAGAUGAUGAACAUGGCCCAUGGUUCAUUGCCCAGAGAUGUUUUUUGUUUUGGGUGCACCCGCAGACCUUCCUCGGUGCUGCCGGGUCUCGUCAGGACACUAUUCCUGACUUCAUUCCAUCUGCGGGCUUGUUGAGCACCUUCUACUGGAGGAUAGUUGCCACUGCACCUUCUUAAUGUCCCAAUUUCCUUGUUUACUGGUGGACAACUAGUAAUUUGAUGCACAAUGACAAUGUCUGUGAUGACCUUGAACAUAUCACAGAGGACAGAAGAACAUUAAGCGGUUGUUGUUUGUUUUUACGUUCCUAUGCUACCCAUGGGAACCCGACAUUGACUGUUGUUUACACACACGAACAGCUGGACUAUUUUGGACGCUGAGUGACACAGUGACUGUUUUUUCGGCCUUUUAGGCAAAUGGGUCAGUAAAUGAAAAACCCAUGGGUGCCGAGCAUCGAUCCCUGAGGCCUCUCUACAUGAUGAUUGGAUGUAAAAGAUGGAAAUCCUCUAAAUCACGGGUGGCCUACAUGACCAUUCCGUAGUUUAAUCAGACCCACCAAGCAUUUACAUUAUCAGGAGUCCUCCAAUAUUUGUUGCAUUAAGUUAUCUGCAUUUUCUCCCAAAGUUAGUGAUUUAAAACAUAUUUAGUAUUUUUUUCUAUCUAUCUCACUGAAUAAUGUAAUAUAUAUUUUUAAUCAUCAAAGAAAUUCAAUUCAAAUAAUUGGGCGAAUAAUUAGAAUUUACAAUAAACAAUAAUGGUUUAUUGGUUAAUUUUAAUCAAGUCCAAUAUAAAUUAUGCAAUUAGGAACAAUGAAAAUGACUUUCCCUUUUAGUUUACUCAUCUGAACUGGCCUGUGCGUUCAUUUUAGAAAUCAAAUACAAAAGUUUGCUCAACCUUGCUUGAAAGCUCGUGCAUCCUCGUCACAAAAAUGAAGCCGCCAAAGAUGUCCAAUUAGAGCCAAGUGAAGUUUACUCCUGGGUUAGAAAACCCCCGUCUGUGAGACAACGGUACCGUUUCCCAGUCUCCUGAACGCAGCACUAAGCCAUCGCGUUCGACUGUUCUAUUUUUCUAGCAGAGAGAGCCGCUGCUUUAUUUUGUCUAUUGAAGAGAACAAGAAUGCCCCAAAAAAGCCUUAAAGACUUUGCCAGUGACGCAGAUGUGAUGUUUUUCUCUCUCUCUCUCGCUCUCUAUCUUGCUCUCUAUCUCUCUAUCUCUCUAGUGGGCAUGGCCUACACUAAGCCAUUCAUGACAGAACAUUUUGGAUGAACUUUUCUUUUCACCAGCAGAACAGGAAGAAUGUUUUUAUAUUGAUGACGUCACUUGGGAGCCUCUGCAAGAUUGGCUGUUUAGGUCUCAAUACAGCUGUAAGGAGUGGCGCUACACCCGGGGUUAAGGGGACUUAAAGCCCCGUCAGAUAUUUGUGUAGCCCCAGUUAAGCCCCUUCAGCAUUUUAUUUUAUACUGUAAAAUAUAUUAAUCAAUUAUUUUCUCAGCCACCUCGGUCCUGGUCAAGAACCCUGUAAGUCCCAGGAGAAAAAAAAAUCCUGGCGCUGUCUUUGAUGAUUGGUGGAGGUGCUUUUAGAAUAAGAGCUUUCCUCCAGUCUUUUGUGUGCUAAGAUAAACGUAGCAUAGCUACGAUGAGAUGGGGGUGGGGGGUUGUUGUGGAACAGUAUAUAAAUGUGUCAAAUCCUCUUUGGCCCCGCUCUUCCUUUUUAGUGAGUUUAGUGAUGUCAAAGAGGGGCAGGGAAAGAGGGAUUUUAUUUUUCUGAUGCGUAUUCAUAUUUACUGGAAAUAUAAAGAAGACAAAUUGUUUUUUAUGGGUCGUAUUUCCCCCCCCCCCCCCCCUUAUGUUUGUUAAUUUACAGAUGUCUGUUUUUCUAUGACAUGUACAGUACUGUAUUAUAUGCAUACACACACACACACACACACACAUACAAUGCAAAUUUAUGGGGUGAAGUGUAAUUAAAGUGUCCCAUUCAAACUG